UUUAAAAGACGAACCCUAUUCUUCUUCCUCUAUUUGCAUAUCGCAUUUGUUCUUCUUGAAUAUCUCUUUCACACACACACACACACACACACAAAUCAAGAAACAAACAAACAAAGAAUGUUCCAUUCAAAGAAAGCAGCUGCUAUGAAUUCACUUCACCAUAAUCUGCAUAAUCAUCAUGAAAGAUCCAACAUGUGUGGGGGUGGUGGUAGCACCGGCACCAUACAAGGUGACUCGGGUCUUGUGCUCACCACAGACCCCAAACCGCGCCUCCGAUGGACCGUCGAGCUUCAUGAGCGGUUUGUUGAUGCUGUUGCUCAGCUUGGAGGACCUGAUAAGGCAACACCAAAGACAAUCAUGAGAGUCAUGGGUGUAAAGGGUCUCACACUUUACCAUCUCAAGAGCCAUCUUCAGAAAUUCAGGCUAGGAAAGCAACCUCACAAGGAAUUUAAUGAUCACUCAAUAAAAGACAGUGAAAGAGUAGAACAUCAAAGAAACAACAAUGCAUCAUCUUCCGGAAUGAUAAGUCUGAACGAGAUGCAGAUUGAGGUUCAGAAACGACUUUAUGAACAACUAGAGGUACAACGACAUCUACAGUUAAGGAUAGAGGCACAAGGGAAAUACAUGCAGAGUAUGCUGGAGAAAGCUUGUCAAACCCUGGCUGGAGAUCAAAGCAUGGCAGCCGCUGCGACUGCUACUGGUGGUGGUUACAAUAAUAAUGGCAUUGGAAUGAGUAUGAAUAUCAAUGCAAGCACUAGCAGUACUAGAUAUCUUGAUCAACCACCACCUGACCAUAGAGGUAGUAGUGCUAUGCUUUUUCCAGGUGAUCACAUGCCAUCAGCUAUUAAUAAUCUUCCAUCCUUUCAAGACCUUAACCUUUAUGGCUCUUCUUCACCAACAGGUACUGGUGCGGCCCGAAAGAGCCCCUUAAUGUGGUCAAAUGAGGAACUCCACCUACAAGAUGAUCAUCAUCUUACCGGGGUACUAUCGAACAACAGCUCUGAAGGAAGGGUCGAUUCAGCUGUCCCGAAAGAUGUUUUUGAAACAAAGCCACUAACUUUAGCUAGUAGUCACAAUAUCGAUCAUCAUCUUGGUGUAGGGCCGGCGGAUCAUCAUAUAAAGUUGGAGAAAACAUCCCCAAGAAGACCACCAUUGUCAUCACAUAGUUCUAUGGAUAACAUGAAGGACACCCUCUCUACUAACAGUAAUUCCAAUAUGUCUCCACAAGGAAGAAGCUCCUCCUUUGGCUAGCUAGCACAUUCCUAUACACACACAUAUAAAUAUGUUCCUAUGUUAUAUACAUAAACUUUUAAAUGCUAGUUAAUAAUUUAUAUCAGUGAGUGUAUUAAAUGAUUACUAAUUUAGUUGGUGUUACCUAUUGAGAGCCAUAAAUUGAAUGUAAA